GCUGCCGCAGCCGCACGGAGCGCUGCCGUCGCUGCACCCGCCCGGCCAGCCGCACGCCCUGCCGCCCGCUCCGUCGCUGGGGAGGCCGGCCGCCGCGAUGCCGCCCAUGUGUGAGCUGGCGGAGGGCGCCAUGGUGUCCCCGCUGGCCGCCCACGCCGCGCUGCCGCCCACGCCGCCGCACCACGACCCCAAAUACGAUUACGGGGCGGCGGCCCACGCGGGCGGCGCAGGCGGCUACGAAGCGCCGUCGUGCCGCCUCAAGGCCGAGUUCGGCGACUUCCCGCACGCCCUCGGCCUGCGCACGGGCGUGAAGCGCGCCUUCCCCGAGGCGUCGGCGUCGCAGGCUAAAUACGCCUGCAUGGGCGGCCAGUACAGGAGGGAGGAGGCGGCCUACGCGGGCGUGGGAGCCCCGCCGCCCCUGCAGUACAUGGGCGCCGCCGCGCUGCCGCACCACCAGCAACAGCAGCAGCAACAGCAACAACAACAGCAACAACAACAACAACAACAACAACAUCAACAGCAGCAGCAACAGCAACAACAGCAGCAGCACCUGCAGCACCAGGGCGCCACCCCCCAGUACGUGCUGCCGCCCACGCCGCCCCAGUACCCCGCCGGGCCCCAUGCCCUGCACCCCCUGCCCGCCCACCACUCAGACUACGCCGCCACCUCCACGGGCUGGACGCCCACGCACACUUCGUACGGCGCCUACACGCAGUACUUGGACUUCAGCGCGUGCCCGCCCGCGUCCCUGGGCGGCAGCGGGGGCGGCGCGCCCUUGCCGCCGCCCGAUGUGCCUCCCCCGCCCGCCAAACCGCGCCGCCGCCGCGCCCGCAGGAAGGUCAUCAUUCACAAGUGCCCAUACGAAGGCUGCGUCAAGACGUACAUCAAGUCGUCGCACCUGAAGGCGCACCUGCGCACGCACACGGGCGAGAAGCCGUACACGUGCAAGUGGAAGGGCUGCGGCUGGAAGUUCGCGCGCUCCGACGAGCUCACGCGCCACUACCGCAAGCACACGGGCGACCGCCCCUUCCAGUGCCGCCUGUGCGAGCGCGCCUUCUCGCGCUCCGACCACCUCAGCCUCCACAUGAAGCGCCACAUCGCGCUCUGAUGCGCCUCCACUCCAAGCGGCGCUCCGAGCGCUCUCGCCGGCGCUCUCCAAGGCUCGCCUUCUGACGCCCCAACUUAAGGGUCGACGCUUCCGUCGGUCUCAGCACGAGGAGCGAAAUGAAAACAAGAACGUAGACACAAAAUACGAGGCAGACACCAAAGCCACCCGCAUGAACAAGAGAAAUACCAUGCAGAUCUCAAGACUCGAAACGGCAGGGCUGAAGAUGUUGCAAAGACAAUCGUGACUCCGCAGUUCUUUGCGCGACACUCGUGAGCAACGAAGUCGCAAGCACUGAAGGGAAUACUCAAGUGCUUGGGCAUUGUACCUCGAAGGGUGGGUUUCAACAUGACUGACUGUAGUCUGAAGGAGGGAGGGAAAGGGGGGGGGAAGUGGCAUUUCUUCGGAAUAUUUCAAACUUUUUUUUUGAAGAGUUUCCAAAGGCAAGAGACACAUGAAGUGGAUGAUAUAUCCAACAUCUAUAUAUGUGCUUGGCUGACUUAUCUGACAGCCUCUUAAGUGUUUUUUCCCUAUAUAAAGGUAAAUAAAUAAGUGAUUAAAUUGAUCCAACGAUCAAUGACGCAAAUUAUCAAAGUAUCGCAUUUUUAUGUUCUUUUUCGAUAUUGGAAUGUAAAUAAUCUAUUUUUAGCUCGUAACAUUACCCAGUAGCCACACCCCAUAAAAGGGAUGUGUAUUUUCACGUGCAAGCGAAGUGAUUGGUUAGUUUCACAGACUUCUUGACCAAUCACCGUGCAUUCUUAGAGGAACAAUAUAGGAAGGCGUACCUGAAGAUUUUGUGAAUAGAAUUUGAAGAAAUGAUAAUAAUGAAUAAUCAUAAUGAUAAUAAAAUCUCAUUUGUUAGUAACAUGUAUAAAGUUAUUAACAAUAUCGGGAUAGUGUGAUAAUAUUUUUUUAUCAUUGUCGUCAUUAUAUCUCAUAAUUGUUAUCACUAUUAUUUUUCAUAUUUGUUGUCACUAUUUUCUGUAAUCAUAAGAUAAUGUGUGUGAGACAGACGGCCUGUGAAUGUUCGAGAAAUUGAAGUGAAAGAUAAGGUUAUAUUGAAUAUAUAAUACUUCUGCCACACACACACACACACACACACACACACACACACACACACACACACACACACACACACACACACACACACACACACACACACACACACACACACACACACACACACACACACACACACACACACACACACACACACACACACACACACACACACACACACAAUCAAAUUCCUUCCUGUCAUAUUACAUUUUCCAAAAUGUAUAAGGUUAAUAUUGAAUUAGAUAACUUUUCAUCUUUCAUUCUCCGCACUUUAUUGUUUGUGUGAAUUCCAGAAGAGAAUGUAAAUCUUUUUUUCUUUUCAGUUUAUGUAAAAAUAAAGAAUCUAGUCAGGCUGUGAAUAUAUGAAGAAAUAACACGAUU